GCAGACUGGCGUGCUAGCUUGUAGCAGAGCAAGCAAAGUACGCUAGCUUGCAUUAAAUUUCGGUCCAGAUAAACUUGUCUAAACAUUAUAUUGAUUUAAUUUACUGCCUUUCUGAGAGGAUGAGCCGUACACCGGAUGCAAGAGCGAGGGACAACCAGACAAAAAAGAUCCAGGAAAACAUCACCAAUGUGGAGAAACAUUUUGGAGAGAUGUGCCAACUGUUUGCUGCCUAUGUCCGUAAAACAGCCAGGCUAAGGGAUAAGUCGGAUAUCCUGGUUCGGGAAAUCGGCAUGUAUGCAGACACAGAAACCCCGCACUUGAAGAGGGGUAUGAAGCAGUUUGCUGACCACCUGGCCAAGAUUCAAGACUACCGCCAAGCUGAGGUGGAAAGACUUGAAGCCAAAGUCAUAGAGCCAUUAAAAAGUUAUGGAGCUGUAGUGAAACGUAAAAGGGAGGAUCUGAAGGCGACUCAGAGUGCCAGAGACAGAGAAGCCAAACAGAUGGCUCAGCUUGAGAGGACCAGACAGAGAAACCCCUCAGACAGGCAGAUUAUUUCUCAGGCUGAAAGUGAGCUCCAGAGAGCCACCAUGGAUGCCACACGGACCACCAGGCAACUGGAGGAGACAAUCGAUGAGUUUGAGAAGCAGAAGAUUCGAGACAUCAAGAAAAUCUUUGGUGAGUUUGUAACGGUGGAGAUGUCCUUUCAUGCCAAGGCAUUGGAAGUGUACACCUUGGCCUACCAGAGCAUUCAAAGUGUGGAUGAGGAGGAGGACCUAGAGGUGUUCAGGAGUUCGCUGCACCCCCCUGACUACCAGUCACGCUUAGACAUAGUGCGAGCUAAUUCCAAAACCUCCCUCGAUCGGACCGGGUCCUUCCUGAGUACAUCAGGGACCGUACAGCAACAGAGAGCCUCCAGUCGGCAGACCAGAAGAGAGGAGGAGGAAGAGGACGAUGAAGAGGAUGAAGAUGAAUCUGAGGAGGAGGAAGACGAGGACGAAGACGAGGACACCGAUGAUGAACAUUAGUUUCUUUUGUUUGUAUGUGUAUUACUGUUUUAUAAUCUUGUUCAAGGAAAGCUGUGUCAUUGCCAAAAUCGCCUCACACAAGUGGGUCUGAGCAGUAUUGUAGGGUGUGUUGUCGUUGUUUGUUCUUUACUAACAUUUAAGCCAAUUAUUGUCUUGUAUAUUUUUGUCUAAUAUGCAGAAAUUCACAUUACAAAUUGCACUGGAACUACCAGAGCAUUUUGUUGUUCAUCUUUAUAAAUAAAAUAAAUAAUCUGUUUUCA